GCGGGGCUUCAUACAAAAUACAGCAGUUGAAGGCGGAAGAGUUCGGGCAUGGAGGCCAGAGGGGUGUUGCUGCCACUGCCUCUGGCCCAGGAGCUGAGGCGCUGGGCGGCUGAGGAGAUGGAGCUCCCGCCGGGGAAGAUACCUCCCGAGAGCGCUCUCCGGCGGAUGUGCUCAGGUCAGUGCGCUGAAAUCUGGAAACACGUCAUUCGCCAUGUGCAUCACCAGAGAAAUGUAAAGAAGAUCAGAGGAAACUUGUUAUGGUACCGGCAGAUGGAGGAGACUGAGGGCAAGUUUAAUGGCUUGCAGGCUGAGAAGGAGUGCCGCAAGCAGUUGGUUCAGGGCAUUGCGCGCCUGCGUGAGGAGCUGCAGAACAUUGACCUGCAGAUCGAAUCAGCACAGCGGGAGCUUGUGGCUGAUGAGGUCACAUUGGAGACAGCCCAGGAGAAGAUCCGUGAUGCCAAGCGCCGCACCUUGCUUCUGAAGGCCUACUCGACCCAGGUCAUGGCCGAGCAUCAGCUAUUGCAUGGAAAAGUAAUGCAAAUGAAGGGACGUUUGGAACAACUAGAGGCAAUGAAAAGGAAGGCCCAAACAACUGUGGUCUUGGGAAAGACGGCAGUGUCUGGAUUCCCCAGUUUGGAGCCAGAGGUUCUGCGAGAUGUUCAGGAAGCCUGUCAGCUUCGUUUCCAGUUUCUGAAGACCCUCUUUGAGCGCAGCAUAUCUGGGAACUUUCCCAAGGGGAUGAGUGAGGAGCAAUUGAAUCGUUCAUACCAGCAUUGGCUCAGCAUUGCAGAGAAAGUUGCUGGCUCUCACCCACCGAAACACAUCCUUUUGGCCUUGGAGCACCUGGCCCUUCAGAGCACUCACCAGUUGCAGGAACUUACCAGCAACAUCAACAUCCUCCGUGAUGUGGAAGCACUCAAGUUUCGCUACAACAGCGGUCACCUAGAAGAUGUUUCAUACCCAGCCAAUGACCUGCCUGAUGUCCGAAGCCUCAUGCAGGAGGGCUGGAGCAAGUGUGAAAUGCUCCACAUAGAACAGAUCUCCCUGCAUGCCCAAGAGAAGAGAUUGUUGGCACAGUUGGAAGGAGUUGUCCAAGAGAUGCAUCGCCAGCUGUCUGAUGGCUCAGAGAAUUCUAUCUUAGUCAGAGCUGUGUUUGAGUUGGAGCUCCGGGUUGUGAGACUCCAGGGAUAUAGGAAUGGCCUGCUGGAUGGCUGCCAAGAGCUGGAAAAGGUGGUGAGGACCCGACGUGAAGAGCUUCAGGGUUUGCAGACGAAACGCCAGCGUAUCCUGGACUUCCGCCACCUGGUCAAUGAGAAACAACAGCAUAUCCAGCUGCUCAUCAAGGGCACCUCUUACAUAAAAUCCCAGCUCCGGAAGGACCAGGCUGAGAUACAGGACUUUAUAGAGAUGAAACUAUUGCCUCAAGCUCAUCAGGUAGAAUUGGAAACACAGAAGUUGUAUGACCGGGUGAAUCGUGAGGUCCAGCAAUUUGGAGCCAUUGCCCUUCCUUGCUUGUUGCGCCGCAGGCUCCCUGGUUCUAAAUACAUUCCGGCCCAUGAGCUUUCUAUCCACCGCAUGAGUCGGAUAGCACCAGCUGAGUACCGAGCUUUUCUCAAUGUGUGUAGCGGAGCCGCCUUCCCCCUUUACAAGGCCCCUGAGCAACUCCUUUUCCACAUGUCUGACCUGAAGAAGAUGAUCUUUCGUCUACGUGCCCAACUAGGUUCCAAACAGCAAGCUUUGGCCAAGCUGCAACACCAGCUGGACGAGGCCCCAGAGCCCAACGUUCAGGCUCUCGUGGAAGAGGUACAGACCCAUGAUCGGGAACAGGUCCGCGAGCUCCUGCCUCGGAUCCAGCGAUUGACAGAGCAGUGCAAGUGCCACAUUGAGCGCUGGCAUGAAGUGCAAGGCACUGUGGACGCCUGGUGGGAACAACCAGGACAGUUUGCGCUGCCCAGUGAGCGCCGUCAUGGCCUCACAUUGCAGCAGUGGCUUGAGCGCUGGACCUUGGCCUCCAAUACCUUGCAGCAGCAGAAGUUACACAGCUGGAUUUGAAAGCAGCACAAGCAAUGGCAAUGCAGCUUGGCAAGGAUUUUCAAGGGCCAGGGUGGUCAUGGCUUAAAAGGAGCAUGGUUGUUGGAACAGCCAUGUACUUCGUUUCACUGACUUAAGGCGAGAGGAGGAUUUGUCUCCACUUCCGGGGGAAAUAGCUUUGGUGGGUGUGAUUCACAAGCAAGUGGUGUGUCUUCAUAAUUUCAGAUUCAGUUGGAAUAAAUCCAGAACCUGAUAAAACAUUUCAUUAUUGGGA